AUGCCAAACUUUUCCAUCUUAAUGGUGUUUGGUAUAUCUCAAGAUUCUAUCGCUAUGGAGGGCUUGUUUCAUCCGAUAGUGCUGUCAGGUGAUUAUGUUAUGGAAAAUUCUUCAAAGAACACUUGUAUAAUGACAGAAGUAUUCUAUGGAAAACGCAUCAGUUCUUUAGAGCAUAUUCCUUUGAGUGAUAGACAACCCAAGAGUUCGACCGUUCCAAAAAUAGUUACCCACAUUGAUACGAGUGAUUCAACAAUAGGCGGUAGCAGUGAAAUUUCGCCUACACUUUUGUCCGUAAAAAUUACAAAUUCGUCACAACCUAGUCCUUAUUCGACCACUUCAACUAAGCGCGGUGAAGAAGAACUAGCGAAUAUAAUUGAUAAACAGUCGAAUAUGCAAGCUGUUGAUAAGCGUGACACAGAAACUUACAGUGAAAAUCCAUUUGCUUUCAAUCCCACGAUUCUUUCUAGAUUGGUUGAUCCGGACAAUUUUUCUUUACUAAAAAAAAUUGGUGGCAUUAAUGGCUUACUAAAGGGAUUACAUACUGAUCCUGAUUUAGGUCUAAGUCAUGAUGAAAAAGCCCCACUACCGCCUAUAAAACUUGAUGACAUUUCAAGUAAAGAAGAUGAUAAUUAUGAUUAUUACGGUGAUGAUCCAUUGAAACAAAAAGAAAAUAUUGGCUUAGCUGAUACGGAUAAAAAAGCAUCGAAAAAGAAGAAACCAUCAAAAAAAGAAAAAAAGGCUUUGUUAGCUAAAGCUGAAUUGACGAAAGAUGGGGCUCCGUUUUCGCAGCGAAGACGGGUUUUUGGUAUUAAUGUAUUACCUCCGACAGAGUCCAAAACUAUAUUUGAAUUAAUGUGGAUUGCAUUGCAAGACAAAAUACUGAUAAUCUUAACUGUUGCCGCAUUCAUAUCAUUAGGGUUAGGUUUGUACGAAGAUUUUGCUCCUGACAAAAACAAUGCGGAAGACCCGAAAAUAAAAUGGGUGGAAGGUGUCGCUAUUUUAAUUGCUAUCGUGAUUGUUGUAAUGGUUGACAGUGUAAAUGACUGGCAAAAAGAAAAACAGUUUCAACGCUUAAAUGCGAAAAAAGAAGAUCGUAAUGUCAAAGUGACGCGUAACGGAAAAGAAGCUCUUAUCUCGGUACAUGAUGUUUUAGUUGGUGAUAUUUUACAUAUAGAACCGGGUGAAAUUAUUGCAGUAGAUGGUGUCCUUAUAUCAGGUCAUAAUAUACAUUGCGAUGAAUCAUCUGAGACGGGUGAAUUUGACACAGUAAGAAAACUGAAUUAUGAGGAAUGUCUAAAGAAUUUUUCUGAUCAAGAAUCUACAAGUGAUAUAGCACACCACUCAAAAGCUGACCCUUUUCUAAUAAGUGGUAGUAAAGUGCUGGAAGGAGUUGGAAAAUAUGUCGUAACUGCUGUCGGUGAAAAUUCACGCAACGGACGAACCAAAAUGGGCUUCAGAAAUGACUCGCGUGAUACACCACUUCAGGAAAAAUUGAACGAUUUGGCAGAAAGAAUUGCAAAAUUGGGCGGUGCUGCUGCUUUACUGAUGCUUAUAGUGUUACUAAUCAAAUAUUUUGUGAAUUUCCGAAAUGGUGUACCAAAUGCAACUCAAGCAUUUGAAGAUCUAAUUAGAAUUGUCAUUUCAACAGUAACUGUAGUAGUCGUGGCAGUACCCGAAGGAUUACCUUUAGCAGUGACUCUAGCUUUGGCAUAUGCUUCAACUCGUAUGUUAAAGGAUAACAAUCUUGUGCGCGUUCUAUCUGCAUGUGAAACGAUGGGAAAUGCAGACAUUAUUUGUUCCGACAAAACGGGAACGCUUACGCAAAAUAAGAUGACAGUUGUCGCUGGUACAAUUGGAAUUUCGAUCGCAUUUGUCAGAGAUCAAGAAUCAUUUCAAGCGAUCACUAAAAAAUCGUCACGGAAAAGUUCCACCGAAAAUUCAAUCGUCGUCGAUAAUCCUAUUCAAAUGGCUGAGCUAACAAGGACAAUUCCACACGAUUUAAUCGAGACAUUGAAGCAAUCAAUCGCAAUUAAUUCAACUGCUUUUGAAUAUGUGGAUGAAAAUGGUAAAACAACAUUUUCAGGAUCAAAAACCGAGACAGCUUUACUAAGCUUGCUCGUCGACUUGGGUCUGACUGACUAUAAAGAAUUAAGGCGUGAAGCUAAAACAGUGCAAGUCUUUCCGUUUAGUUCGGAUCGAAAAGCGAUGGGUAUGGUGGUUAAAUUAUCGGAUUCAAAAUAUAGAUUUUACGUGAAAGGAGCCAGCGAAGUAUUAGUUAGACAUGCGGAAUCGAUAGUAGUCACAGAUCCCACAAAUAGCACAGAAUUACGGACUAUGAAAUUAUUACCUGAACAUUUAAAUGUUAUUCAACGAAUAAUUGUAAAAUAUGCAAGUCGAACAUUAAGAACACUAGCACUAGGUUAUCAGGAUUUUGAAGAAUGGCCUCCAAAAGGAAUGAAAGUUGAUGAUGAUGGAGACGUGAUUUUUGAAGAAUUAGUAGAUAAAAUUAUACUUUUAGCAAUUGUUGGCAUUGAGGAUCCGCUCAGAGAUGGUGUUCGUGAAGCCGUUAAGAAAUGUCAAAAUGCUGGAGUUUCAGUAGUGAUGGUCACUGGUGAUAAUGUUCUAACGGCUAAAUCGAUUGCAACACAAUGUGGCAUAUAUAAUCAAGGAGAUAUAGUGAUGGAAGGACCACAGUUUCGUAAUUUAUCACCACAAGAAAUGGAAAAAAAGAUCCCAAAGCUUACAGUGCUUGCCAGAUCAAGUCCCGAGGACAAAAGAAUUCUUGUCGCAAAGUUAAAAGAUCUCGGUUGUAUUGUAGCAGUAACUGGCGAUGGAACUAAUGAUGGCCCUGCGCUAAGAACCGCAGAUGUGGGAUUCUCGAUGGGUAUCUCCGGUACAGAAACCGCUAAAGAUGCUUCCUCAAUUAUUUUAAUGGACGAUAAUUUCUCGAGUAUUGUGAGGGCUAUUAUGUGGGGUAGGAGUGUAAAUGAUUCGGUGAAGAAGUUUUUACAAUUUCAAUUGACAGUAAACAUUACCGCAGUUCUCUUAACUUUUAUUUCUGCUGUUUCGAGCGGAAGUGAAGACUCUGUGUUAUCAGCUGUGCAACUUUUAUGGGUAAAUCUUAUUAUGGACACUUUAGCUGCUUUAGCACUGGCAACGGAUCCGCCAACAGAAGAACUAUUAAAUCGUAAACCAGAAGCUCGUAAUGCUCCGUUGAUAUCGCCUAACAUGUGGAAAAUGAUCAUUGGUCAAAGUAUUUUCCAAUUAGUGAUCACCUUAACAUUAUUAUAUGCUGGAAGUGAAAUUUUGAAUUAUAGAAAAGAUCAACAAGCUGAAUUGCAAAGCCUAAUCUUUAAUACAUUUGUAUUCUUACAAAUAUUCAAUGAAGUCAAUUGUCGUCGACUUGAUAAUAAAUUGAAUAUAUUUAAAAAUGUUUUCACCAACAAAUUUUUCAUGGUGAUUUUUGUAAUCAUAUGUGUUGGACAAAUUUUAAUAGUUCAAUUGGGUGGCGCUGCUUUCCAAGUACAAUCAUUGAAUGGAAGCCAGUGGGCAAUCUCUCUUGGUCUUGGUUUUCUAUCAAUCCCCUUUGGUGUAAUUAUCCGGUUAAUACCCAAUGAAAUAUUUUCGAUCUUUGGCUCUAAACAACACCACCGCACAAACACACUUCAACCAUCAGGUUCGAUUUAUGCUACCUCAUCUGGAACACAAACAAGUGAUCUCAACAAACCCUUAUGGACUGACGUACAAAAAGAAUUAACUUUCUUUAAAUCAAUACGUGGUGGUCGUCUUCGAGCAUCAUUACAUUUCGAUAAACGAGAUAAAGAGGAUUCACAUACUCUAUUUGCCGCAGCAACAAUAGUACCUAGUUUAAUUGCUGGUUCAGUUGGCGCCGGGUGGACAACCGCGAAUCGUGCAUCUAGACCAGCAAGUAAUAACCCAAGCGCUAGCCAACUAGACUUAAGUUCUACAUGGUUUACAUCUACAUCAACGGGAGGGACAGGAAUGAAUGAGAAUAUCACACAAUUACCUACAACAUCUGAAUAG